UUCAUGGCCCUUGUGAGCACCUACGGCUUCACCCCAUCAUCGGCCUCCAGCUAUCCAGAGACGGACGACAGCGGGUCGACGUCGACGACGACCAGGAACGAGACCAACGACAUCCCUCCCAUGGAUCAACCCGACCACGUCUUACCUUACGACGAGGAAGACGACAACGCCACCAAACAGUCUUACGUCCUCACCAACGGCAAGCUCUCCUGUUAUAAAUGUGGCGCCUAUCAGAACCAUGACGGGGAAGAUUACGACAGCAUCCUCGAUGACUGCAUGUUCAAAGCGGCAGAGACAGCAGAAUAUGAAGAAUGCCCAAACAGUGUAAUGAAUAUUUCGACGUUUCCAUCAUGCUACGUAAAUAAGAUGAUGGCAGCCGGACACAUAACCAGUUUUUCAAGAGGCUGUAUGAUCUACCAUGAAUGCAUACUGGCGGACUACUGCGAAUCGUCCCUUAACAAGACCGGUGCUUGCCAGUCAUGCUGUCGGGAGAACUACUGCAACCGAGCUGCCGGAGAGUGCCUGCCACGGAUCGAAGUCGUCAAGCUUCUUUUCCUUACCCUCUCUACUUACUUGUUCUUCGUCAGAUAGCGGAUUACCAAAUAGAACCAAAGACUCACUUUAUGAGAUGAUGAAUACCCCUUUGGUGUUCUGUUCGGUUACCUGGUGGAAAGGCAGAUGCGGAUAUAAUGUGCUAACACGAAGGAACUCG